UAAUGUUCUGUUUCUUUCCUUUGCUGUUGUUGAACUCAGUUGAAGAAGCGUAUAUAGAAAUAGUGUGGUUCAGUUCCUCUCCUUCACGCCUUUUCAAUUUUUUCUUUCCCUUUCUUUCUCUCUCAAAAAUUCUACCUCGCCCUUUUCUAAUCAGCCAAAUAAUCCCUUUCUUUCUCCAUACAUUGAAUGAAAAAAUUUUGGGUUGUUUUUUUUCAAUUUAUUCUUAUUCUUGUUUGUUGCCUAAGAAACUGCAAGAAACUUCAGGGAAAUCAUUAUUUCUUUUUUCAGAUUUGAGAGUUUGAUUAACUUUUUGACCUUCACUCAACAAAACCAUACUUUGUUUAACUUGAAUUUUGUUUGAGUUGAGUUUUCAAAGUUUUGAAAGAAAGAAGCAGUUGAUUUUGAACUUUUAAUUUUUGCAUUUUCUUGCUGUUUUUUCCUCCGUUUCCUAGGCAGCCAAGCGGAGGGCUUAUAAUAAUAAUAAGAAAAAAGGUUAAAGUGAGAAUGCUGGGGACUGGUUUGCAAUUCGGGACAGUUAGAGGAGAGGAUGGGUUUUACAUUCCAGUAAAAGCUAGAAAAAAUCAAAACCAAAAACAACAGCAAAAGCAAAAGCAGAAACAAGAAGUUUUUAAGGAAGAUAAUGAGAAAAGUAAUAGUAAAUCAUCAGCAUCAUCUGCAAAGAGCAAGGCUUUAGCUUCUGAUGAUAAUAAGAACAAGAAUCAUAAGGAGACUUUGGUUUCAAGUAAUAUUCAGGGCUAUAAGGAAUCGGGGGUCUUAAGCAGUAACCUCCAAAGGUUCCUGGAAUCGACCAGGCCUUCGGUCCUGGCUCAAUAUUUUUCAAAGACAACAGUGAGGGGAUGGAGGACUUCUGAUGUGGAGUUUCAGCCUUACUUUACAUUGGGUGAUUUAUGGGAGUCUUUCAAGGAAUGGAGUGCAUAUGGCGCAGGGGUGCCUUUGGUGCUUGAUGGGAGUGAUGGUGUUGUUCAGUACUAUGUUCCAUACUUGUCAGGGAUCCAAUUAUAUGGUGAAUCUAUGCAGGCAAAUGCUAAGCCUAGGCUAGCUGGAGAAGAGAGUGAUGGUGACUACAUCAGAGAUUCAAAUAGUGAUGGAAAUAGUGAUUAUGAAAUAGAGAAAGGCAUUAAAUUUUCUAGAGAACAGCCCAGUCAAUAUAAUUUGGCAAAUAAGAUCCCUUUUGGAGUGAGCAGUUUGUCUAUAAGCGAUGAAAACAGUACACUGCAGGAAGGCUUUUCUAGUGAUGAUGGUGAAACUGGGAACUCUCAACAUCACCUGCUGUUUGAGUUUUUUGAGCAGGAUACUCCUUAUAGUCGUGAACCCUUGGCAGACAAGAUAUUUGACCUAGCUUGCAAGUAUCCUGGUUUGAAGACAUUAAGAAGUUGUGACUUACUACCGAUCAGUUGGAUAUCUGUUGCAUGGUAUCCCAUAUACCGAAUACCUACAGGUCCUACAUUAAAAGAUUUGGAUGCAUGCUUUCUAACUUACCAUUUUCUUUGCACACCUAGGGAAGGUAGUGAAAGUGGCCACACACCAUUUGUAGUAUAUCCCAAUGAAGCAGACGGUAUCCCAAAGAUUUCGCUACCUGUUUUUGGAAUGGCAUCUUAUAAAUUCAAAGGAUCCAUGUGGACAGAGACUGGCGUGAGGGAGCGCCAACAUGCGAAUUCCCUUAUGCAGGUUGCAGAAAACUGGCUAAGACUGCUUCAGGUCAAUCACCCAGAUUUUCAGUUUUUUGCCUCACAUGGGAUGUACCACUGGUGAAAUCAAGGGAUAAGUCAGUUGUGUGAAUUUCUUCCUUUUUCCAUGCUGCAAAAAUAAUGUCCAAACUUGUAUCUUUAAUGCGUGUUCGGUCAAACUGAGGUUAAAUUCUAUAAGUUUUUGGGAUGAUGAUGGCAUACCAUUUGAGGGAGUUUUGUCUGGACUGGAUUUCCUGUUACUUGCAAAGGAAUUGAGAUAGUUAACCUUUAAGACAUUAUAAUGUGGAAAGGACAAAAGAGAAUGAUAAAAAAAUAAUAAGAAUAAAAUUUACGGCAUUAGAAAAAGCCUAAUCACUGAGUUGGGAGACUCAUAUAUGAAAAUGAGUUUCGAUGAUGGUAGAAAAAGAGAUGAAAGUAGGAAAUAGGGAUAUUUAAAGAUUUGGUUGAAUUGUGCUGUAGUCGAUGGCUAAACUUGUGAUAUGAUAUAACUUAUGAUAUUAU